AUGGCAAUGGCGCAGACCAGCAGUUCGUUACCGGGUCACCUACACGGUCACGGCUUUGGGCAUGGUAAUCAACACGGCCAUGGGCAUGCUAAAAUAACAAAACCUCGCAGUCGACCUGCUGUGAAGCCGAUCCUCAAGAAACUGCAAUCGCACCACUCCCACUCGGAAAAGAAUUCUCUCGAUUUGGAUCGCGGUUGGGACGAGCAGGGUCAAUUUGGUUAUUCCUCGUAUAAUGUAGACGGCGACGACUCGUCUUAUACGGCAGGUGCAUCAGCACUGCCAACACCUGCCGCCCGCGCACGCGAUGUCAGCUUCUCUAUAUCGGCCACGGAUCUGAGCAAUGGAGGUGCUCGCUCAAACAAAUAUUCGCAAGGGCAUGCUCGUUCUACCAGUGGCACUUCUCAUGCUUCUAUUGCGACUUCUGCUAGCGGUGGCAGAAACGGCUCCUUUGUGCAUCCUUUCCAACAAACGCCGCGCACCUCAACACCACCUCUCUCCUACGCCAACUCGCUCGCUUCCCUGGACAAUACCACCGGACCUCGCGAUUAUUCUCCCACGAUAACUGAGAACGAAGACAAUAUCGACUCUCAGAGCCUUCAGACUUCGACUCGUGCCUAUCAUUCUGGUUCCCGGCCCCGCCGUCCCUCUCUUGCUAGUCAGCGCACCAGCUCGUUAUCAGAUGUGAAUCAACCGCUGCGCAUCACUACCAACGGCCGCACCGCCACAGGAAUAUCUGCGCGAAAGCCCCAUAGCAUCGUGACUCGCAGCCGAUCUGACCUCCACCUGAACACGGGCUCAACCACGGCUCUCGACUCUGCGUCAAGCACCAGCCCACCUUCUGGUUCCUUUGUUUCACCCCAGAUGAUCGCUGCGUCUACAUCCUCCAACGCAAUGUCACCACUCCGGAGCUCUCUCGACAUGAGCGGUUUCCGUCUCCGCUCACGCAGCGAGGUUGACACUGUCACCCGCCAGGAGAACGUCCGCGAGGCCCGUCGUAAGUUUGAGGAAAAAGAACGAGCCAAGGAGGAAAAGUAUGCCCGUGAGCAGAUCCGCAAACAGGAACGUGCAGAGAGUCGCGAAGCCCACCGCUUCAACAAGAAUGGUCGCAAGGGUAGCUUUGGAACUUCUCGAAUCUCGUGUGAUCGUGUGUCCAGUAGUACUGACAUCCGACCUUCGAUCUCUCGCAAGACUACUGGCACUGGUGUGGGUCUGGGGUUGACCACCGAGAACGAGAAGGUCGACUUUGGUACCCGAAGCUACGAUACUGUGCCUACAGGCCAGACACCUGGCGCUAGAGCUGACGAUGUGCACUUUCAAUCAACUCACCGAAGCAAAACCACCAAGCGAAAAACUACCAGUGCUUGGACCGCUUUUGUUCUGUGGUUGAGAACGCGACUGCUCAAGCUUGGUCGAAGAUAG